UCAGAAUGAGAGGAGACUGGUCCAGAGCUGGAGCGAGAACUACCUGGACAGGACACCUGGACAACUGAGAGCACGCGCUGCUGCUGCUGAUCUAAUACAAGAACACGGAGGAGCUCAGUGAGUCUGCGCGAAAUAACUGCUUCAAUUACGACUCGUUGGAUGAACCUGUGACAACUCUAAGCCUCCAGAUUUAAAGUUCUGAGACUUUCCUUUAUCUAAGAUUAUCUGAUUUAUACCCAAACUUCAGCCUGAACCAUCAGAGACUUCAUCAGUGACUGUUUUAGUUUUGCAGGGCGACUACGCCCUUGCCUCCUCUGUGUGCUCGCCGUCUCAUUAUGCCAGUGUCAUCAUGGCAGCCUGUGAGUCCAGACUGGCUCCUCUGCUGUCCACCCAUGACCUCAGACUGGCGUGCACUCGCUGUUCCAUCCAGGAGGCCGAGAUCACCUACACGUUAAAGUCAGAACAGCAUCAAUGUGAGCGCCACCUCCUGCUCUGCAGAGCCAAGAACGCUGUCAAAUGGAGGCCCAUCUUUAAGCGUCCCAAGUUCCCCAACCCAAACCGCUAUGAGGUCUGUUUGUUCUAUAGGGAGGGCGUGGGAUGCUCGCAGCACAAGAACCGCUGCAGCUUUGCCCGCAGUGAGGAAGAGGCCGCCGUGUGGAACUUCGAGAAACGACACCAGGUGGAUCACGCAUUGCUCUGUCAGCUGAUCGCUCCUGCUCCGUCUGAAAGGGAGCCAUACAACACCUCCAGAACCCUCGCCAACCUCCUGAAGACUCUGGAUCUGAAGGUUGGCUGUGAGCUCUGCUGCACCAAAGAGAAAGAAGUCACCUACAGAGUCCAGCAAGUCCACUACACCUGUAGAAGAACGCUGCUGCUCGCCAAAUCCAAGUCAUCUGAGCAGUGGCGUCCGGUUUCUGAGCGUCCCACAUCAGGACAGUUUGGUCCUAAGGUGAACUACCAGCAGUGCCGCUACUUCUCAGAGGGUUCUGGAUGCACGCUCCACAGACAGAAGUGCACAUAUGCUCGCAGCUUUGAGGAGGCGGCAGUUUGGAACGACAUCAGAGACCGGGACAUUGACCAGGACACGUUUAUGCGAGAGGUCAUCGAUUCUGAGCCGGCGCUGCUAACACCUGAGCACGCUGCUGAGAGCAUCCUCCAACAGUUCCCAGGGGAAUUCCUCCAGCUGUGUAAAGUCUGCUUCCAUGACAAAAAACUGAGCGGGAAAAGGUGGAACGCCACAUGUUCAGCAGACACCGCGCAUGCCUGGGAACCCAUCUUAGUGCAUCACAUGUCAGAGAGAGGCAGGAAGCACGUCUACAGCCAGGUGCGUCCUCUGCCGCCAAAGUCUCAGUUUAAGUUCUGCAGCCACGUCAAGCAGGGGAAGCCCUGUUGGCACCCAGCUGGUCACUGUGGCUCCGCCCAGAGCGAGGUGGAGAUGGCGGUGUGGAGGACAGAACAUGGUGGGCUCUCCGUCAGGCCUCGUCUACUUCAGCUGAGUCAGCAGAAUCAGUCUCAGCACAAUAACGGAGCCAUGUACUGUAAAGUCUGCCUCCUGGUCCUCUCCUCUCCAGAGAGCUUCUACAAACACUGUUCCUCCCUGGAGCAUGCUCAGUUACUCUCUGAGGACACCACCACCAGGUGGAGAGGGCGGCGGCCUCCACAUGGCCAGCGAGCUGACUUCUGGCUAUGUGACAGACCACUAACAUGUGAGUACGGAGACAAGUGUCCCAAAGCUCAUUCAGAGGAGGAGCUGCAGGAGUGGAUGAUGAGAGCUGUGGAGGAGAAGGAGAUCAGACACAACAUCGACGCUCAAGGCCUCAUGUGCUAUAAUGAGAAGCUCCUGGAGGAAUACAGGAACAGCAGCAAUGAGGUCUACAUCCUAUCAGAGCAUGUUGACGACGUCAGGAUCUCCUGUGAUGAAGAUUUAAACGUUGAGCGUGAGGAGGUCAAUGUGACCCUGCAGUGGCACUUCCAGGUUGAAACUGAGAGACAGCUUUUACACGUUGCCCUGCUGAAACAGGAACCUGGUGCUUCCUUCAGCCUCGGUCAAAUGAGUCCAGUUCCGUGCAUCUACUCGUCAGGAAAACUCUUCCUCAUCGAAGACACGACGUACGACAUCACCGUGUCUUUCUCAUCCAUGACCCCUGGCUUGUACGAGCAGUGGUUGGUGCUGGAUUUUGACAUGAGACCCGUCCUGCUGAGAAAACUCCAAGUACGAGUCGGACCGCCGCUUUUGGAUGAACCUGAAGAGCCCGCCUUGGACCACAGAGCCGCCUUUCAAACAACCGAGCGCUGGCAUCGAGGGAACAGGGUUAUCAUCCCGUGUUCGUCCAGGACAGAGGAGAAGGAGGAGCUGUUAAAGGAGUACAAACCACCACAGAUCAACUUCCUUUAUAAAUCCUCCCGCAACAACCAAACCCCUCUGGACCAUGGGAACUACAGAGAGAGGAUGCACCACUUCCUGUAUGAGGAGGAACGAGCAGAGGACCAGGUUGUUUCACGGCUAAACAUUUGUGGAGAAAUAAAAACCCUGGAUACUCUGAUGAGUACUAAGUUUGGGAUUAUGGUGGCUCCUCCAGGACAACUCUUCUGUGUUGUCUCCAUUCCUUGCUCCCUAACCCCAGACACUCCAGAGGGACAGGUGCUGAGAAGGAGCAUCCAGUCUGGCCUGAUCGCCUCUUCAUCUUCAAACUCAAAGGUCUACGAAGCCUCCAUCCUGCCGGACAAAACAAGCGAGAACCAAAUGCAUUUGCAGCUGUCUAAGAAGUGCUGCUCAGACCUUUCACUGAGGCGUAACCAGACGUACCAGAUGGAGGUUCAGUUCCAGCUAAACCGCUUCAGCUUCUGCACCAUGCACAAAGCUGUAGACCUGCUCCCUGACACAAGAAGAGUCCUACCAGACUUGAGACGCUGUGAAGUUCCUCAGAACAACAUCUUCCACGAGAAACUGAACCCAAAACAGCAGUCAGCACUCGACUUCAUCAUGGGGAACGCCCUGGACCCAAAGAAAGUGGCUCCGCUCCUCAUUUAUGGACCCUUUGGAACGGGGAAGACGUUCACCCUUGCCAUGGCGGCCAGAGAGCUGAGUGAGCGUCCUCAAAGCAAGGUGUUGAUCUGCACCUACACCAAUAGUUCUGCAGAUCUGUACGUCAGAGAUCAUUUCCAUCCCUUCAUCAACGACAGAAGCGACGGAUUGAGGCCAAUCCGAAUCAAAGCAAACAAACAAGGGAAAGCUUUGUUUGCCACGGAUGAGAUAACUCUUAAAUACUGUCUCCUCUCUGAUGAUGGCCAGCACUUUUUGCCACCAACCAAAGCCGCUCUUGAUGGCCACAAAAUAGUCAUAACCACCACAUCAAUGGCCAGACACUUCCAUGAGCUCAAGUCCAGACUUCAGCCACAUUAUUAUUGAAAGUAUUUGGUUUUGGCUGAAGAUGGAAACACAGCACGGCUUUGUUCACAUCUCAUGCUUAGUCUGUUCCACUUCUACCAAGGCCAGAAGAGUGAGGCAGCACAUGGCAGUCGGAUCAUCUUCAGUGAAAACUACCGCUCUACGGCAGAGAUCGUGGAGUUUGUGUCCACUUAUUUCUACGUGGGGAAGAACGACGUGAUUAAGGCUGAAGGAAAUAUCCCGCCUCCUGUCGACGGUCACGCCCUGAACUUUCACCAUGUGAGGGGAGAGUGUCUGCUGGACAUGGCAUCCAUGUCCUGGUACAACAAAGAAGAGGUUUCCAGAGUGGUCCAAGCGGUGAAAGAGAUCCUUAAACACUGGCCAUCGACCUGGGGCACCAAGGACCAGAGCUCCAUCUGUGUUCUGUCAGAGGGACAUCAGGUUCGGCUCAUUCGGGCAUCCCUAUCGAAGCGAGGCUUUCAUGAAGUCCACGCUGAGAAUCUUGCAAAUGUGCAAGGUAAACAGUUCAGGGUAGUCAUAAUAACCGCUGUGCAGACACGUCACAGCCUGCAGAGGUCUCACUUGGCUGGUCUGGAGCUGUUCAAUGACGCUCGUGUGUUAAACACGGCGAUUACCAGGGCUCAGUCCCAGGUGGUCGUGGUCGGAGACGCUGCCGCCCUCUGCUGCUUUGGAAAAUGCUCGGCAGUCUGGAAGAGCUACGUAGACCACUGCAUCAGCAACACCGCCGUUGAACCGAAGCAUUUAACAAAAGAGUUCUUUGAAAAGGACAUCCUGGAAACUGUGAGGUUUCAGAAGUGGGUCCAUGAGGAUGAGAGUGAUGUGCUCACUGACUCAAUACUUCAAGAGAUGAAGAAUGAAUAUGAGCAGGUGGAGUCAGAGUACAUCAGGACUGAAGAAAAACUUGGCGGUCCAAGCGCUGAUCAUCAGGGGUUAAACUCACUAAACAAUGAUGAAGACCAGCAACCAAAGGAGUACACACAUGGGAAGGUGAUCAGGGAGUCCUCGGGGAGAGGCUAUGUCAUACCGUUUCACAACCCUGCAAAUCAUGUGCACAUAAAGGGAAGAGACAACCUGGGGAAAGUCUUUUCCGGAGACGAAGUAGAACUAGAAGGAACGAGGGUGGUCAGCAUCACCAAGGAAGCUGAGAAAGCUCGUGUGCUCGUGUGCCUGCUGGAGGACGAGGACUACAGCAAACCAAGAAAAAACACUGAAGAAAGAUUCGUUAAAAGGUUGAUGAUUCCUCUCAAGAAAUCUGAGCCCAAAAUACGCAUUCUGAUCAACAAGAAAACACAAAACUUCAUGCCAAUAUGGGAGGAGAGUCAUGGCGAGUGGAAGGUUGUGGAUAGCAUACGUAUAAAUGAGAAUCUCAGGCUGAAUAAUGCCUUCCUGGUGCAAGUGAUAGGCUGGAAAGAACCUUGUCCUUUUCCUUUGGGGAGAGUUAUUGCUGUCAUUCCAGUGGGUCGAUCUCUGGCUGAGGGUCUACGGAUUCUAAAUGAAGAAUUCAAAGUUGAACCCAACGUGCGCACAUUAGAUGAUCUUUUCUCACAGGAAGACAGCGGGGCUCCCAGAGAAGACUUGCAUGAUGUGAUAACUUUCACUGUUGAUCCUGAAGAAGCAGAGGACCUGGAUGAUGCCGUAAGUGUCCAGGAAAUGGGAGACCACUAUGAGUUGGGAAUCCAUAUUGCAGAUGUUGCAAGCUACGUGCGUCCAGGUGAUGAAUUAGAUGAGUUCACAAAAAAACGUGGCACUUCAUAUUACUGUCGUGGUAAGAAUCCCAUUCACAUGUUCCCUGAAAACUGGAGCACGGAACACUUAAGUCUUCUGGAAGGUGAGGAACGAAGGGUGGUUUCACUGAUGUUCCAAGUGGACAAGGAAACACAUAAAGUCAAGGGAGAGCCCAGAUUCCAGCUGUCAGUGAUCAGGUCAGACAGGAAGUUGUCAUAUGAGAAGGCAGAAGAGGAGAUCACAAAAAGACAUGGAAGGAGACCUAGUUUUGCCACAGUGGGAGACUGUGUCAGCGUGGCAUACUGUUUUGCAAAAGCUCAGAGGAAGGAGCGGCUUGUGGAUUGGGCUUACUCCCAACCUGAUGAACAGAGAGUUCCUGGAAAGCGUAAAGCCCAUCUAAUGAUUGAGGAGCUGAGUGUGCAAUACAACAAACAUGCAGCCGAGACUUUGACUGGUUCAGACAGAACCAAGAACUGCACCCCUCUUCGCUGCCAGGGAGAACCGAAUCCUGAGAGGAUUAAAGAACUCCAGGAGAGAUGUGGAGGACUGAUCCCACUGUCCUUCGCUGUACGGGACAGAGUUAAAAAUGAUGGGCGAGUCAGAAACCGCGAAAACUUCCCCAUGCUCACUAAAGUGUGGAACGAUAUCCAGGACGCUGCUGCAGAUGAUGAUGUAGACAAACUGGUAGAUCUGAUUGCUGCAGAUGACAUCCACCCUCUUCUCAAGCCAGUCGUCAAUGAAUUCAGAGGGUGCUCGAGUAAAGCUUGUGUCAUCCCUUUCAGGACCUCCUCCAAUGAAGCAGAGGUUAGGCAUUAUUCACUGAGCAUACCUGUAUACACGCAGGCAUCGUCGCCAAUAAGGCGCUACAUGGACAUCAUCUUGCAGAGACUUCUGCAUUCCUUCAUUUGCAGCAGUGUCGUCCAGCACACUGUACAGGAGAUCACAAGUCUUUGCUGCGAAUUUGAGCAGACUUCCAAGAGUGCCAAGGAGUACGACCAAAAGGCUGAGCAGAUCUUCUAUGCUGUGAGCAUGAAGAAACAAAGCGCCACAAAGUUAGCCUUCGUUGUCAGUGUGGAAUCAGCCAAAGACAGCUUUGAAAUAUCGUUUCCUUUUAACGAGAACAUUUUUUCAAAGAGUUUCCCUAUGAUGUACAAGGAUUUGCAGCUGUGGGACCAACCUGAGUAUGACGAGGAAAAUCACCGUAUCAGACUUACAUGGAAAAAGUGCAUCUUUACGGUCGGCUCAUUGCAAAUGGAAGAGGAGUUAAGGAUGCCAGACAGUGGUCCCUGUGUUGAGCUUCCUUUAACAUUGUGGAAAGACACCAUUGGAGCGCUUGACCAAGAAAAUUGGAAAGUUGUAAAGGAUCUCAUCUUGAAAGGCAGCGCAAAGGGACAACAGAAAAGUGAAAAACUCCCUCAAGACUUACAACUCCCUCAAGAGCUUCCUCUGGCAGUCUUGAAUGACAUGACUGCAGUAGUUGACAAAGGAAACCUGGAUCAUGCAAAGCCCUGCACUGAUGGUAAAAGAAGAAAAAAUAAAAAAGGAAAGACCUUGCCCCAGUCAUCUGAGAUGUCUCCCCCAGUGACUGAAACAUGCAACUCAGAGGAUGAAGAGGAAGAACCAGGAGAAAGUGAGCAUGAGGUGGAUAUCAAGCUUGACCUAAAGGCAGGCAACACCCUUCUGGUCCAGAUGACCUCAGAGAUAAAAAGAGGCUACCAUGUGCCUGCCGUUCAGUUGAUCCGCAUCAAACCAAAGUUCGAGAUUUGCGUGGAACAUGUCCACAGCCCUAUCACGUGCUUCUCAAGGUCUGCAGAUGAUCCAGCAAAGAUUUACUACAGAGACAUCCAGGAGUAUCAAAAGAUCUGGAAACCGCUCUGUGAGAUGGAGUCUGCCGCCAACGCGGUGAACGAAGAGAACAGCAUCAUUAUCGAGGACCUGGUGGUAAACUUCAAACAAGAAAGCAGAGAAACUCUGACAGGAAGCUUCUUCCUACCUCAAGUGUGGAUCGAUGAUUGGGCGAUCGAGUUCAACCUUUCUAAGUGUUUUCUGUGCAUACGGAAAAGAGGUCUGGAGUUGGAUAUGGAGUCAGCACCGGAACAUUCUGCACUGGUGGACCCAAGGGAGUACACGUGGGUGGCCCACGGAAUAACAAGAAGGGUAGAUAAACGGAAUAAACCACAGGAAGGAAGUAAAGUGGAGUUUGACAUCAACCACCUGGCCAUGGACCACAAACCUGCUUGUGUCUUUCAGAAGGACACGCCCUUCACCGUUGAAAUCAUCCCGAAGUCUCUGCCUGAUGUCCGGAAAGAAGAUGCAGUUCUUAACGUCACAAAAGCAUGUGAUCUUGUCCAGACAAUAGCGCGGGGAUACUUUCCAAAAGAGAAAAAAGUCGAAAUGCCCUUUAAGAGGAUGAAGCUUGGAAACGAGCUGCCGGAUCUGAAUGCCAGUCAGCGUGAGGCUGUUAACACAGCUUUAAAUAAUAGCUUCACCCUCAUCCAGGGCCCACCUGGGACUGGAAAGACCAUUGUGGGCGUGUACCUGGUGUGUAAAUUCUUAGAGCUGAACUCUCAGACGCUGAGGGUCAAUGUGGACCCAAAGGACAAGAACAAGAGAGACGUGAUUCUCUACUGCGGACCCUCCAACAAGUCUGUUGAUGUUGUUGCAGAGUACUUGUUAAGGUUUGGGGACAAGCUGAAACCUCUCCGGGUCUACGGCCAACAAGUGGAGAUGGUGGAUUUCCCUUAUCCAGGCAGCACCCUCCAGGUUUCUCGUAGUGCACCCCGCCAAGGAGGCGCCAAAGAAGAGCUCAAGAGCAUCACUCUUCAUUACCGCAUUCGACAGGAACAAAACCCUUCCUCCGGUCAAAUCAAGGAGUUUGACGAACGAAUCAGACGUGCCCGAGAGACGAAGAAGAAAUCUGACCAGCUGACUGAUAAAGAGGUUAAAAAAUACAAGGAGCUUCUCCAGGACGCUCGGAAGUAUGAGCUUGAACGCCAUGACAUCAUACUGUGCACAUGUACUCAGUCAUCCGCGCCAAUCUUGAAGAACACAGUGAGGGCUCGUCAGAUCCUCAUCGAUGAAUGUGCGAUGGCCACUGAACCCCAGGCUCUGAUUCCAUUAGUCUGCAACAAGCCAGAGAAGAUCGUCCUCAUCGGUGACCACAAACAGCUUCAGCCUGUUGUGAGGAACGAGCAUGUGAAGAAGCUGGGGAUGGCCAAGUCUCUGUUUGAACGCUUCUAUACGAUGCCAGAGAAGAAAGCAGUGAUGCUGAACAUCCAGUACAGAAUGCAUCAUGAAAUCUGUGAGUUCCCAUCCAAACAAUACUACGAAGGAAAGCUUCAGACGGGGGUGGACCCGCCACGCAGUGCCCUGUGUGUCGGAGACAAGUCGAUGCGGAUCAUUUUUGGAGACUGCAAAGGAAAAGUCAUCAGUCUGGUUGUCAACACGGCCAAGGGGAACGAGAACUCCAAAGCAAACAAGGAGGAGAGAGUCAGAGCGGUUGGAAUCGCUGAAAAGCUGGUGAAGGAUGCCAAAAUCAACCAGGAGGAUAUCGUGAUUCUGUCACCUUAUAACGCACAGGUUACUGAGAUCAAGGAACAUCUGAAGAAGAGGAAACUGGAUAAGAUCACGGCAACGACGAUCACUAAGAGUCAGGGAAGUGAGUGGCGCUAUGUGAUCAUAUCCACGGUGAGUUCUCUGCCGACUACAGAGAUCAUGACAGAACCAGAUGGAGCCUGGCUGUCUAAACAUCUGGGCUUCGUGGGGUUCUCCAACCAGAUAAACGUGGCCAUCACCCGAGCCAAGGACUGCCUGUGCAUCAUCGGAGAUCAGGAGCUGCUGAGCUGCAGCAGAGCCUGGAAGAAACUCUUGAGCCACUACCUGAGUGUCGGAGCAGUGACCAACGCAGAGAAGAUCUCAGUUAAACUUUAGGGUAGAAUGUUUCUCUGGGAUAGGUGGUACAUGUUCACCAAGACUGGUCCGGCACGGUACAGAAUUAUUUUAGAACUUGUGUUUUGGUUUGAAGGACACCAGUUAUACAUAACUAGGGACGUGGCUGAUACGACUACAAGCCAGCGUGUAUGCAAAAGGCAAGGACGGAAUGUUUAACAAGCUUUGAUGACAUCAAUUUCAAAGGCAAGGAUGAAACGUUUAACAAGCUUUGAUGACAUCAUUUUUAAAGGCGAGGAUGGAAUGUUUAACAAGCUUUGAUGA